UGAGUAGACAGAGAGGGAUAGUUUAGAGAGAGAAUUCUACUGCUCAAAAGUGCUUAGAACACAGCAUAAGAAUCGAGUUGGGCGGCCUUUCCUUCCCUUCCUUUCCUUUUGCUUUAAAAAAGCACACCCACCCUCUUUCCUCCCCUCUCUCUCUCUCUACAUAUAUAUAUAUAUAUAUAUAUACAGACAUAUUCUCAACUCUAUCUCUAGAAAAAUCAUUCAAUCUGCCUGCAUCUGAUCCAAGAAUCUGAGACCCCCCAAGUUUCCCAUUAUUUAUUUGCUCUGCUUCCUUAAUUUACAUGAUCCAGUAGUUAGAUUGACACUAUGACGAGGGUAGGGCGUGAUUUUGGUGAUACAAUGAAAAAGGAGGCAGUUCCGCCGGUAUCAGCCGACGUGAUAUUUGCUUCUAGUCGGUUUCCAAAUUACAGAAUAGGAGCUAACAACCAGAUUGUGGAGAUGAAGGAGGAUCCUAAGGUAUUAACCAUGAAGGAGGUUGUUGCGAGAGAGACUGCCCAGUUGCUGGAACAGCAGAAACGCAUGUCAGUCCGUGACCUUGCCAGUAAAUUCGAGAAGGGGUUAGCUGCUGCUGCUAAAUUGUCCGAAGAGGCAAGACUCAGAGAGGCAGCCUCGUUGGAGAAACAUGUGCUUCUCAAGAAGCUCAGAGAUGCGCUGGAAUCCUUAAAAGGCCGUGUGGUGGGUAAAAACAAGGAUGACGUAGAGGAAGCUAUUGCUAUGGUUGAAGCUUUAGCAGUUCAGUUGACUCAGAGGGAAGGAGAGCUAAUUCAAGAAAAGACAGAAGUGAAAAAGCUAGCAAACUUUCUUAAACAGGCUUCAGAAGAUGCUAAGAAACUUGUUGAUGAAGAAAGAGCUUUUGCUCGGUCAGAAAUUGAGAAUGCUAGAGCAGCAGUUCAAAGAGUGGAGGAGGCUCUCCAGGAACAAGAACGGAUGUCCCGUGCUUCAGGGAAGCUGGACUUGGAUGAACUAAUGAAGGAGGUUCAUGAGGCUAGACGUAUCAUAAUGCUGCAUCAGCCUAGCAAGGUUAUGGACAUGGAGCAUGAGCUUCGAGCAUUAAGGAUUCAACUGGCAGAGAAGUCUAAGCAUUCUCUUCAGCUUCAGAAACAACUGGCGAUGAGCAGGAGGGGUGAGGAAAACACAUCCCGCUUAUACGAAUUAGAUGGUCCUGAAGCUUUGGGUUCGUAUUUGCGGAUCCAGCGUUGCUCUGAAAGGGCUCUAGAACUUUCAGAAUGUUCAAUUCAGUGGUAUCGCUUAACAGCUGAAGGUGGCAAAAAGGAGCUUAUUUCAGGAGCCACCAAACCAGUUUAUGCUCCGGAGCCUUUUGAUGUUGGUCGAAUUUUGCAAGCCGAUAUCAUUUCAGAGGGGCAGAGAAUCACAGUGACAACCACCGGUCCCAUUGAUCCAGCUGCAGGGUUGGGAAACUAUGUCGAAUCUUUGGUGAGACGACAUGACACAGAAUUCAAUGUUGUCAUUGCCCAGAUGAACGGGGCAGAUUAUCCAUCGCAAUCCAUCCAUGUACUUCAUGUGGGAAAGAUGAGAAUGAAGCUCUGUAAAGGAAAGGCAACAAUGGCUAAAGAAUAUUACUCCAAUUCAAUGCAGCUAUGCGGAGUUAGAGGUGGUGGAAAUGCAGCAGCUCAGGCAUUGUUUUGGCAAGCAAAAACCGGGCUUUCCUUUGUAUUAGCAUGCGAAUCAGAGAGAGAGAGAAACGCAGCCAUUAUGCUUGCCAGGAGAUUUGCGUUCGACUGUAACAUCAUGCUUGCCGGACCAGAUGACAGAGCUCCUCUAGGAACCUAGAGGACCUACCCGGUUCUCGACUCACAAAAUGUAAUUAUAUUGAUUUUUCCUCUGUAUCAUGUAUCUGUAAGUUGUGGCAUUGCAUGAUUCUGAUUUGAGUUUUCACCCCUCCCCACAUUUUAGUCUUUUUCGACAAUAGGCAUCCUUUUAUUUGCCGCUUUACCUGAUUGUAACAAGUUUUUGUUCGUGUAUUUGAUAUGGUUAUUUGCAAAUCUGUGGUCAUCCAAAAUACGGUUUCAUAUUAAGUUGAUUGGUAAUUGAUUAGUUGCUAUAAGAGAGAUACAUCAUUCAAUUA